GUCACCACCAAAGCAUCUGAGAUCUUGUGAACUCUCUCCCUGAUUACCACUGAUACUGGGUAGGCUAGCAAGGGACCAUACAAACCUUGCCCAUUACGCUCCAAGCCCCAUUAUGGCCAAGGUGCACCGGCUCAUCUCCGUCGUGCUUAGGGUCGCCGCCGCUGCCGCUGCGGCAGCCGCGGCGAUAAUCAUGGUGACCAGCCACGAGACCACCAGCUUGUUCGGCUUGGAAUUGGAGGCCAAGUACUCCCACAUCCCGUCGUUUAUCUUCUUUGUGGUGGCAUUCGCCGUGGCGUGCGUCUACAGCCUGCUCGUGGUCCUCGUGCCGCCGGGGAGCGCCGCCUCCAGAUUGGUGGUCAUGACCGACGUGCUAAUGGGGAUGGUGCUGACCGGCGCCGUCGCGGCCUCGGGAGCCAUAGCGGAGGUCGGGAGGAACGGCAAUUCGCACGCCGGGUGGCUGCCCAUCUGCGACCAGGUGCACGGCUACUGCACACACGUCAUGGGAGCUCUCAUCUCCGGCUUCGUCGCGCUCAUCCUCUACUUCCUCAUCAUCAUGUACUCGCUGCACGUAGUCGCUGAUCCCAUGUGUCCAUGCCAUUAGAUGAUCCUCGCGGUUGUUUGUUUGCCACUUGUUGCCGGUCUCCAAUCUUUACUACGGAGUAAUUAUAAUUUUGAUGUUGGCGGAGUCUAGAUCUAUUCCGAUCAUCUUCUUCUCCAGUUAAGUACGACGAUUUGAAAGGAAAGUGAGCCAACAUGUUUGCUUACAAGAAACAUUUCUCCAGAAAAAUAUUUUGACAGGAAAUCUGUUGUUUUUUCCUUAAAUACAAUCCGGCCGUGUAAAUUUAGACAAAUGUAAUAGAACACGGUCGUGUAAAUCUGGCCAUUAUAUGAGCCUCUUUAAACUUUCUGAGAUA